UUCAGAAGCUGGGGAAAUCAUUGCAUGCAUGAAUGUCAAGAGGAAAUGGUAUUUUAUUAUUUUAUUAUGUACAGUACUAAAACUGAACCUUGGAGAGAAGAGCUGUUGGAUCAUGGGUAGAUAUUGUUGGGGGUCCAGGAAUCCAAGCACAAACAACACGAACACUGAUCUCACACAGGGAUAGUUUAUUGAGCAUUCACCUAAGGACUAAUCAGUCAGGGCCAUAAAUCAGACUUUGGAGCUGAUUGUGACAACAAGUCUGAAUCCUACAAGGCUUUUAAGCCUGAAAUCCACAAAUACCUGUCACAAGUUAUUCCACCAGUCAGGAUCUGGAGAUAGGGGACAGCCUUAGGAGCAUGUCUUUGUUGUACAUUUAUUCUGCUCUCAUUAGUUAGGGUAUUCAGUUGUGGCAGGGGACUUGCCUUCCCUAACAUUCAUGUCUUAACUUGCCAACCAGGAUGCCAGUUACCCAUGUACACAUCUCUGUCUGCCAUGUAGGAUGUCAAUUACCAGAAAGUUAUUGGAAACCUAAAGCUUUACUCAACCUUCAUUAAAAAUGGAGGUCUUAUUCCAAAUGCCUUUUUUUUUUUAUUAACUUGAGUAUUUCUUAUAUACACUUCGAGUGUUAUUCCCUUUCCCGGUUUCCGGGCAAACAUCCCCCUAAUCCCUCCCCCUCCCCUUCUUUAUGGGUGUUCCCCUCCGCAUCCUCCCCCCAAUGCCGCCCUCCCCCCAACAAUCUAGUUCACUGGGGGUUCAGUCUUAGCAGGACCAAGGGCUUCCCCUUCUACUGGUGCUCUUACUAGGAUAUUCAUUGCUACCUAUGAGGUCAGAGUUCAGGGUCAGUCCAUGUAUAGUCUUUAGGUAGUGGCUUAGUCCCUGGAAGCUCUGGUUGCUUGGCAUUUUUGUACAUAUGGGGUCUCGAGCCCCUUCAAGCUCUUCCAGUUCUUUCUCUGAUUCCUUCAAUGGGGGUCCUAUUCUCAGUUCAGUGGUUUCCAAAUGCCUUUUUAUAUUGGUGCAGGUAUCCCUCUUGUGUUGGAGUCCAUCCCAGGAGCAGCUUUAAAGGCAAACCAUAAAACUCAUACACAGAUACAGGGAGUUCUGUCGGGCAAUUAAUUCUAGUUUAAACUUAUUGUGGUUUAAUUACCCAAAGCAGUUCUAACUGACUUCUAUUGUGAUUGCUUCUCAAGAACUCCAAAGCACAAACCAUAACAAUAUUCACUCAACUUGGAGAUGAAAAGUUUCCUUGUAAUAGCACAUGAGAAAGUUUCCUUGUAAUAUUAGUACCACAUAAAAUGACUGACUAGUCAGGCAGCAGUAAUAGCCUUAACAGUUAAUAGCCUUUUGUAUUUCUAAGCAUGCGUAAAGCACAUUUGCAACUGUCAAGUUAGUCACUUCAUCAGAAUUUGAAAGUAGUGGAGAUUACUUCUACUUUUACCUCCCCACUGCCUCUGAUUCCAAUGGGAGUGGGGCUUGUGGUUCCAUCCAGGAACUCAGAGAGGUUUCCAUGCUUCUGUCUGCCAAUGCCUGACAUGAAAGGUGGCUUUGUUAUCUAUACAGGCAUACAGUUUGUAGUGUAUUUGAUCUCUACCACAUUUUUAAAUUAUUUAUAUCAAAGUCAUAUUCUGGUUGUGAACAUCACUGUGGAAAUUUGUUUUUUCAUUGGAGUUGUCCAUCUUGUAGACUUUGGAGGUUCUAGAAAAUUUUCAUACUCCUUUGGUUUCUUUGUUUCCAUUUGUUAACUUAAUUACAACAGAAAAUAUUCAUAUAUUCAUGUUAGAUAGAAUUAGAUAAAGUAUUCAUAUUAGAUAGAAUUAUCCAUUUAUGCCUAAACUGAGCUAGUUUACAUACAUACUAACCUCACUUCACCAUAUACAUACCAACACACUUCACAAUCUUGAAACUUUAUCUCUUGACUAAUGAAGCUGCAAUUGGUCUCUACCUCCAGGCCUUGCUGCCCACCAUUCUGACCUUUUACUGUUGUGAGAUCAAAUAUGUAUUUAGUAUUUUUUCUGCUCCCAGCUGGUUUAGUGUAGCAUAAAUUCUCAGAGUUCAGACAAGUUAUGACAAAUGACAAUACCUCUUGCUUUUAAACAUCUAAUAUUUUACUACAUGCUGAUCAUGUCAUUUUUAUCCAUUCAUCUGCUAAUUGGUCCUUCAAUUGCCUCUCUAUUUUAUCUACUAUAAUAAUGAUUCAGGAGACGUGAGCAUGCAGAGUUCUUCAAGAGGACAAAUUUGAACAUCGGAAGUCAUCUAUAACUAGAAUAAUCUGUGCUCUCAAAGAAUCCCUUUUACUAUGGGAUCUGUUGAUAGGUUAUUUGUCCACCGGUGAACUGAGUUAAUCCAAGCCAGAUUAGAAUACAUUAAAGGCAGGUUACUUGGGAAGCUGAGGUACCUACUUAACAUAUCAAAGCGGGCCUGGCCAGUCAGGUCUGUCCUCAGUAAGCCCAUAUGAAAGAGCCAAAUUAAUAUUGGAAAGGAGAAAAAGAAGUUAUAUUAAGUGUGGCUACUUUAGAAGAGGAACAAAGAUUCAUAAAAUUGUGCUGUCCUUUGUCUGGUUCCCUAAGUGAGAUGAAGGUUUAAAUAGAGAACCAAGGAUAUGCACAUAUGAGUAGUCCAGGUCAAGGUGGGGUCCUGUCCAUCAUUCUUCUAUCAUGAUCUGGGUUAUAGUGUCACACUUUAAGGUGGUCGGAAAAGUAAUUACAACUGUUUGAAAUUUUUUAAGGAGACCAGCUCUUCCUCUGGCUAAAGUUGUUUUCCUUCUCCCAAUGUGAGAUCCUUGAGAAAUUCGCAUUUCUUUGGAAUCGUAGUUUCAACAGUUUGAUAGUCAAAUUCUUUCCUGCUAGGCCAAUUGCAGAGAAAGAGGAAAAAUUAAAGGAGGGAUGAGGAGGAUGGGGUUUGAAGAGAUCUGGUUAGCUGGUUUUAAGUAUCAAACAUUCUAAGCUUAUGGUCCCAUUGGAUUCCUCAAUAUUAAUAUAUCAAAUCAUAUUUAAAUGAUUAAAAGAACUUGGAACUCAGCUUCUCGUAUUCAUGAGUUUCCAGUAAGGUAAUGAAUAUCUAACAUGUAGCAUGAGAAGGGCCACUUGUUUAUGUGUUUAAUUGUAUGCACAUAAAAACCUAUGUAAGCUUUCAAACAAUAAGUGAAAUAAAGAGCCGUGCAGGGUAUUUGUAUCAUGUAAUGGGGAACUAUGGGUGACUCAUUUGAUUCUCUUUUGACUUUGUCUCUUUGGCCAGUAAGAGUGUGACCAGGAUUUGUAAGAACAAGAAGAACAUGUUAUUAACAGUGUUUUCUCCUUCUCCCUAGAGUGUGGAAUAUGUCCUGAGAAGGUAUGUCUGAACUGAGAGGGAAGGAUAGCCCUAUUGUGUGGAGUCAGACCUUGAAACUGAAACUGCCGGAUAUUAUCUCAGAAAGAAGAAGAAAGUUCCAAGCUCCAGAUUUGAAAGGCAUGCUGCAAGCAUUUGAAGGGCUCAUGGAUAUCCAGCGAUACUGGGUUCAUGUAACUCCAUGUCAAUAUAACAAGGAAAUCGUUUCCAUUAACAAAAAUAAAGGACAAAUACAAUGUGCAAGUCACUAUAGGAGGAAUCGUCAAGUUUCUGAGACUUUCCAUUUAGGCGUCGUGGGAUAUCCAGCUAUUCAGUCAGGGAAGCACUACUGGGAAGUAGACGUGUCUACAUGUGAUGCCUGGCUCCUUGGAUUAAGUGAUGGAAAAUGUGCUCAACCCCAUUUAAUGGGUGAAAUGGGCUUCAAAAUGAAACUUAAUUCUAAUUUUAACCAAAUUGAAAUGUAUCAGCCUAAAUGUGGCUACUGGGUUAUAGGGAUGAAGGAUAGGUCUGUAUACAAUGCCUUUGAUGAGUGCUCUAUCACCCACAAUCCUAGUGUCUUGGUUCUCUGUCUGCCUCAUGCUCCCAGUCGUGUUGGAGUUUUCGUGGACCGGGAAGCUUGCACUCUCUCAUUUUAUGAUGUUUCUAACUCAGGAGCUCUCAUCUAUAGGUUCUAUUACCCUUCCUUCCCUCAUAGAGUCUUUCCAUAUUUUAAUCCUUUGGAAUGUUUGAAGCCAAUGACAGUAUGUGGACCACCCUCUUAAGCUCUCACCUACAUCUACGCAGUGCCCCAAUGUGUGGUGUAUCCCAUGUACCAGAGCUUCCCUGCAUCAUUUUAAUUUUUUUGUCUUGGGUUCUUUAUUUUAAUGACCUUCACGUAUAACUACAAACCAGCAUGGAUUAAUUCCCUUGAUCCACCUGCUUCUCUACUCACAAGAUGAUUACUGCCAUUUGUCAUUUCCCAUAUUCCCAAAGAAAAUGAUUAUUUCCUCACUAAGUGAAAUCGAGCCUCUGUUAAGACCAUCUCUGUAGCAUCACAGUCAAAAGAAUGACUCAUAGCCAACAAUGUCUUAGAGAACUUGAGAGAGGCCCCAGAAAAAAAAAAAACAGAGGACCUUUUACCUCAAGUACAUUUUGUUUCCUGGAUUGGCUUGGAUGUGAUUUUGUACCUCCUGCAACAAACAUUUGCAUUCAACUUACUCGAUGUGUUUUCUCUUGUUGGAUGUCAGAACAUAGCUACAGAAUCCAUCCUUGUGAAAGGAUAUGCUAAGUGCUGGCCUCAAUGCACACUGAUUCUAGACAUGGGCUGUGCUUUGCUUCCCUGAUUCCCCAGAUAUAAUCUAUAGUAUAGUGCAGACAAUCGUGUUUAAAUUCAUCUGUCCUGAGAAAGUUGUGUGAAAGGGUUGCUCUGUUACUAUUUACUAUAUGCUUACUGGCAUUUAUUUACAUGUUUUUAUGAUUCUCUUUCUCCAAACUCAAAGAACCUUUCUUAAAUUGUUGCUUUCCAUUGUACAUUCAUGUCUAAAAGCACAGUGAAACUGAAGUAAAGAUGUCUGCUGAAGUCCCUCUAUCCUAGACUGUCUUCAAACCCCAGGUCUUACAGACAGAACUAUCUCGGUCCACAAAGGUAGAUACACCUUACUUUUUGUGGUGCCAGAGAUACAAGCCAGGGCUUCAUGUAUGCUUAUGGGUUGCUCUACCACUGAGUUGCUUACCUGAGCUCUAUCACUUCUCCACAAACGUAUUAUUUUUGUCACUGACAAUAGAUGAAAGUUCUUUUCCAGCUUGUCUAGCAGUUUAGAAAAUUAUAUAUAGGAGUCUCUGACUAAGGAAUGGACCCUUAGCAGGAGGUCAGUUUAACCACAAUGCUUGUGUUUCAUCAAAAAGUUAAGAAGGAAAUCUCUCAAAUGAUACUCAGUAAGACCAUGUGUUUAGAGUAUCCAGGUUCUAAUCCAAGCUCCUCACAUUGCAAUGCAACCCUGAAUAACAUCCUCUUGAGCUUGCAUUUGCUCGUUUUCUUUUCCUUUUGUUUCAUUUUUCUGGUUUUGUUUUUCAGUUUUGGUAUAAAUAGUGUGCCUAUAUUGCAGGUCAUUGCAGGUCUUAAAUUUGAAAUCUUUAGAAGGCUCUGAGGGUCAAAGUCCUUUCACCUAUGAGAAACGAACUGAGUUCGUUUACUCAGACCCUCCUGGCUGAAGGAGGCAAACAGCUCCGAUAGAUUUUCCUCUCAGCACACAAAUAUGUUACAGAACACAAAGGAUGAAGCACAUGCAAAAUGAAAGGGGAUUAGGUAAUUUUUAGUAAGAGAAGUUCAAUACUUAUACUGCAACCCCUGCACAUUCAGUGGGUGGUGUUUGUGCUGAUUACUGAGAAGAUGUACUGUACUGAUGUUCUAUGGCACAGUGUGUGAUGGGGAAACUAAGUUACAGCUCUUCUUGUGUCUUGGUGUUAGAUCCUGGGAAUUGCCACCAAGAUUACUCUAAUAUGUUGUGGAUAUCUAUUUUUGGUUGGUUUUACACUUAUUUUUUGAGAGGAUAUUUGUCUUGCUGUAUUCAUUAUUAAAUAAGUUAAAUUCUAUGAUUUUCCAUUUUAUAAUGAAUGAUAAUGAUGACAAUGAUACACAUCACUGUGCCUUCUGUUAUGUUGUGAAAUGUAAACAAUAGAUUUUUUCUAGGAACUCAUAUUCCUUCCAGCAUGUAAGAAUUAUUGAAUAUGGUGUCUAUUUUUCCUCCCGUUUGAUGUGACCAUAAUAAAGUAUCAUUGGAAUGACAAA